AUGGCAGAACCCGCGCACUCCUCAGUCUUCGAAAAAGCGAUCGCCGUGACCCCGAUCGGUCCCAACACCUACUCUGCACGGUUUGACCCGGCCUGCAUUUUUUAUCGAACCGCGGCUGUGCACUUCGCUCGCAAACAAAGCAGAGCCGGGCCGGUUGCUCUACAACUGUCGUUCCUGCGACGGACACUCGCUGGUCCCGCUGUCUUGACCGUCCAAGAAGUCAAGACCGGGACGAGGAUCAGCACGAUCCACGUAUCCCUAUCACAACCCCGCAACAACCCCGGCCUUUCGCCAGGAACCACACCUGCAGUGCAGGACAAGAGGGACCAUGAGCGUAAGCUCGAAGUGAAAGUGGUCGGAUACAUCACCGUGAGUCCACCAGCGUACGAAGUGGGUCCAGCCGUGACAGGCCCUUGGCAGGCUUCUUUCUCUCCGCCUGUGGUCGAUUUCCGUGUCUUAGCGGAGAAAGGAGGCGACGGUGCAUGGGUGCGCAACCAGUCCCCUCCGCCUGGACUGUUUGCAGCGGGACAUGCGGAGCUCUUCUUCCCAGUGUCUACCCUCGCGUCAGCCAAGACACUGGAGGACCAGGUGAAGGGGGUGGUCGAGCAAUGGGCGCGCUUCACGCCGGGAGGGGAACCCGCUCGGUGGUCGAAUGAAGCCGUGCUGUACUUGGCGGAUAUGUUUCCUCCUGCAUUGAACCGAAUGGGUGCGAUGGAGAUACAGAGGCUAAAGCAGAUCGGUGCGAUUUCCGCAGAAGCUAAGGCUGGGCCGUUCUGGUAUCCCUCCGUCACCUUGAAUGUGGAUUUGAAGACCCGGCUUCCGGCAGAGGGGGUCGAGUGGUUGCAUUCACACGUCGUGACGCGGAUGCUCCGUGGAAGUCGGGCGGACUUGGAGGUGGUCAUCCACAAUGAACAGGGGGAGCUGGUGUUGACAAGUACGCAGGUGGCUUUGGUGGUUGAUGCGGCGAGAAACUUGAAGGGCAGGGAGGCUUCUGAGAAAUUAUAG